AGAUUCGUGAGUUGUAUGAACGGCGGUGUCGAAUUUUAGUUCUUUCGAAAUUAAUUUGAGAGCUUAUUAUUGCGUGACUUUAUACUCCCGAGGUGAGGCAUUUCAUGUGUUCGUACGUUAUAAUUGGAACUGUGUAUCUUUGAGGCUGCAAUGUUAGUUAAAUCUUUGUUGUAUUCGUUUGCAAAUUGAAGGGUGGCCUAAUACUUUGGCUUAUUACACAAAGUAGUUAUGUUUCGUUAUAUUUUUCGUGCAUUGCCUACACGGGUGUCAGAUUAUUUGACAGCUUCAUAUUUUACAGUUUCAGCGUGGCGUGCUGUUGGUUUUCGAGGAUUUCACAGUCAGACAGAAGUAGUGUCAUUACCAGACAUGCAGAUUCAUGUAUUGUCAGCUCUUCAAGAUAACUAUAUGUACUUGAUUGUGGAUGAAGCAACGAAGGAGGCAGCUAUUGUUGAUCCUGUGGCCCCACAGACAGUAAUUGAUGCUGUAAAGAAACAUGGUGUUAGACUCACCAAAGUAUUAACUACACAUCAUCAUUGGGAUCAUGCAGGCGGAAAUGAGAGCAUAUCCGAGAAAGUUGCCGGAUUGGAAGUUUGCGGAGGGGACGAUCGUAUCGGAGCUCUUACACGCAAAGUUGGUCAUGGUGAUGAAUUAAAAAUUGGACAGCUGAAUGUACGAUGUCUGUUUACACCAUGUCACACUUCAGGGCACAUCUGCUACUUAGUAGAAUCGCCUGGCCAUGAUCCAGCAGUUUUUACAGGUGACACCCUAUUUAUUGCUGGUUGUGGCAGAUUUUUUGAAGGAAGUCCUGAUCAGAUGUAUAAAGCACUUGUUGAAACUCUGGGAAAACUCCCUGAUGAAACAAGAGUGUUUUGUGGACAUGAAUACACAGUUGGAAACCUGAAAUUUGCUCAUCAUGUUGAACCCAAUAACAUUGACAUCGAAGAGAAAAUGUCAUGGGCUCAGAACAAGCGAACAAAAAUGGAACCGACCGUACCUUCAACAAUUGGUGAAGAAAAGCGGAUCAAUCCUUUCAUGCGUGUGCAUGAGUCAACAGUACAACAGCAUGCAGGACAGAAUGAAGCCAUCGCUACUAUGGGAUUCAUCAGGAGAGAAAAGGACAAUUUCAAGGCUUAAUUGUGUUCACUGGUCCAGGUCUGGAUGGUAAUAAUUGACACCAUAUCUGUAACAUAUAAUUUAUUUAAGGAAUUGAGGUUUUAAUUCAGUAGUAUAUAUAAUAAUUGUGGAAUAGUUUCAGAGUGAAAGAGAAACUAAUGGUAUAAACUAUGAAGUUAGGUUAGUUGAAAUUUUAUAUGAUGUUCUGAAUUUAUUGCAUGAGACAAUUUAAACCAAAUGGUGUACUCAAGGAAGUUUAAAUAACCUGGCUUAAAUGUGGUAAAAUACAGUAGUAUGCCCAGUAAGCUAAAUACUGCACCUCAAAAAUAUCUUUUCACAAUGAAUACUACACAUAAAUUCCAUUCUUUGUUCUUUACAUCCAUUCCGACAGUGUGUACAUUCUAUAAGAAUAUACGACAGGUCCAGUGACAUCAGGUUGAAAUGUCCUCAUUAGGUGGCUUGGUUCUAUUGCUGUAAAUCUGCAUUUCUACUGCAUAUUUCUCCUUUGAUUUUUCAUACAUGUCAUAGUAAAUCUGAAAAAUCAUAUCACAUAUUAAAAUUUCAUUCAAUUAUUUGUCCUUCCGGAACCAUAAAUUUAAUAUCUGUACAUAUUUAUUUUACUAGUAUGAAACAAACAAAUUACACUGAAUGCUGCCAGAAAUAAUUUUAAACUAAUUAAUUUAAAUAUUUCUAUGACUUACCAACAGCAAAUUAUUAAAAAAAUUCCUGGCAGCAUAAAAUAGGCAAGAAAUUAGUAAAAAGGUACAGGGGUACAAAGUAGAGAUUAUUUUUUCUUCAGUUUUAUUCUCAUGACCACUCACCUUCUUAUCUUCAGGUGGUAAUGUAUUCCACUUGCUUGCCAACUGUCUUGUCAGCUCCUGUUUUGAGGGUUCGGCUUCCCCAGACUUUUGUUCUAAUCCAAGUCGCUCCAUCACGAUCGGACGUUGCUCUUGACAGAAUUGAAAGAAUGGAUUUGCUGGGCGUUUUGGUGCAUUUGGAUCGCGCUCUGGCUUAUCGGCGCUCUUGCCACUCUUUCGUUUUGUGCCGGAACUGGCGACUGUAGUACUUGUAAUCUUCCUUCCUCCCUUCUCUACUGAACUUGCAGACUAAGACAGUAGUAAUACAGUAGCAAAAUUUUGAGAUUCAGUAGCAACUUCUGCAAUUAUACCUUGUAACUUCAUUACUUAUAGUACAUCCAAAGUUUUUCUAAAAAUCAAUUAAACCUUAUUUAUGUGGUUGAAUGUAAGACUGAACUACUUUCAUCGUGAUCUCACUAUCAGUAAUGUUACGGACAUUUAUGUUAGAAUAUGCACAUUCUAACUGUAGCCCAAACUUUGGCUGCUGAGGAGAUUUGUUUUAAUCUUUUUAAGCCUAUUUUCUGUAUAUGAAAUCCCUUGCCUAAUUUAUCCUUGUGAUUUUUUAUAUUAUUAUUUGCCUUAUACUGAUGUAGUAUUCAUUGUUAUGCAUUUUCAGUAACAUAGUUAUAAGAUGUAGAAGAUAAAAAGGUACAGGGAACAUUACAAGACUUAAAUGUUUCAAAUUUGUUAUAAUAGCUGCAUCUGCAGCCUCUUGGAACUGUCGGAGAGCAAGCAUUGAUGUUCCUCAUAAAAGAAUUGCCAUGGCAGUGAGAAUUUUAAGAACCCCUGUAACAAAAUAAUCCCACAAAGCAAAUGUUCCGUGGCCUUCUGUCUGGAUGGACCAAUUAACAUUUUUCCAGUCUUGUUCUGUACUGUACCUUUGCUGUAGUUCCAGCUCCGAGCUUUUGAUGUUGGUUCUUAUCAGGUUUAGUGGUAGUUGGUAUAUUGAGGGGCUCAUCUAGAGGAAUUGGUAAUUGUACAUUGCGCCAAUUGUCACCAUGUUGAUCCAGACGAUCCAUUAAAAACCUGUUUGAAGAUUAGUAAUAGAAAGGUUCUGUCUGAAAUUAAUAUUGUGUUAUAUAGUUGAUUCCAAACAGUUUUAUAUUUGGCAUGUGCAAUAAUGUAUAUAUGUUGGUAUAAAAAAGUUAAAAAUAUACUGUUUUCUAGUCUCUA